AUGGAACCACUGCCGUUUUCAAAAAAGCAGCGACAAGUAUUUGGCCAUUAUAUAUCCAUCGAGAGAGACUCGCCAUUCCCCCCAACACCAGAGGAAUUUUCAACUUUAGUUCCUGGUGCUGCUGGUAUCAUUUUUCCUACUGAACACAACAAGUCGGUUGUAUUAGCCGACGGCCCUGCUGGUCUUCGUAUAGCGCCUCCAGGUGAAGGAGAAAAGUACACGAAAUUUUACAGUGAUAUUAAAUUUAAAGAGAAUGAGUUUUAUAGCACCGCCUUCCCAACGGGAACCGCAAUUUCGUCUUCAUUUUCAAAAGAUUUGGCUUACCAAAUAGGCCGCGCGAUUGGAAAAGACUGUUGUCAAGCCAAAUGUGGGUGCUUAUUAGCACCGGCAUUGAAUAUCCACAGACAUCCUCUUGGUGGGCGGAACUAUGAAUAUUACUCUGAGGACCCCCGCGUCGCUGGAGAGAUCGCCAAACACUAUGUGAAGGGGGUUCAGUCGACUGGGACAUCUGCAUGUGUGAAGCACUUCUGUUGCAACAAUCAAGAGACUGAGCGCAUGAAAAUUGAUGUGAUCAUCUCGCAAAGAGCACUUCGUGAGAUUUAUUUGGAGAACUUUAGAAUAGCCAUUGAGGCGAAACCCUUUGCUGCGAUGACUGCGUACAAUAAAGUGAAUGGGAAGUAUUGUAGCCAGAACAAAGAAGUCGUCAUGUUACUGAAAGAAAUUGGGUUUGAUGGGCUUGUCAUGACCGAUUGGUUUGCUGGCGAUUCGGGUGUUGAGGUCAUCAAAUCCGGACACAACUUAAUUGAGCCUGGAACACUUAAGGCGUACACUGAAGUUGACGACGCCUUGAAAUCUGGUGAUAAAGAGCUUUCAUUAAAAAUAGAGGAGAGCGCAAUAGCAAUAGAGAAGUUCUGUGCAAAAGUGAAUCAACACGAGCCGGAGAGUCUCCACAUCGAUCCAACGGAAGUCGCGCGUCGCGCUGUUUCUGAAGGGUGUGUUGUAUUAAAGAAUGAGAAGUGUUUGCCAAUACACAACAAAGUUGCUGUCUUCGGAUGUUGUGCGUUUUAUCCGCGUGUUUGUGGAGUUGGGAGUGGCGACGUGUAUUACAAGAGUUGUACUAAUAUCGUCGAUGGGUUGAAACAGAGUGGGAUUGAUGUGACAUACUCUGAAGAGUACUUCAAACACAUUGAAGAGCAAAAGAAGAGGCCAGUGAAGAAGUUUGAGAUCUUCGAGUUGACUGAAGACUAUGACGAGCGCGACGUCACCGAGACCGAAGUGACUCAACUGAGUGCGGCGAGUGAUUCUGCGUUAAUAGUGAUUGGGCGAUGUACUGGAGAAUUCCGAGAUCGGUCCAAAGAGAGUUUUUCGUUAACACCGACGGAGGAAAGUCUUAUACAGAAAGUGAGUUCUAUAUAUAGAGCGCAGUCGAAGAAAGUACUUGUGGUACUCAACAUUGGUGGAGUGAUAGAGACGGAGAGUUGGAAAGACUUAGUUGAUGGGAUAGUAGUGUGUUGGGUGAAUGGAGAGCAAUGUGGCUGUGGUGUUGCUGAUAUAUUAACUGGGCGAGUGAACCCGAGUGGAAGACUUCCGAUGACAUUUGUGAAAGAUUUAAAGAGUGUGUCUGGGUAUUCAUUCCCGGGUACAGUAGAGGAGAAUGGGGCUCAAGUAAUACAUUUAGAAGACAUAUAUGUUGGGUAUCGCUAUUACACCACUUUUAAUACUAAAGUGAGUUUCCCAUUUGGGUAUGGGCUGAGUUAUACAACUUUCGAGUAUAACAAUUUACACGUUGAAGUCAACGAACAAGAGAAAACAGUGAAAGGGAGUGUCACUGUGAAAAACAGUGGGAAAGUCGAAGGGAUGGAAGUCGUCUUAUUAUUUAUCUCAGCACCUGAUGGACUUCUUGAAAGACCAAAACGUGAGUUAAGGUGGUUUGAUAAGACCAAAUGUCUGAAGAGUGGCGAGGAACAAAGAAUGUCCUUUGAAAUGACAUUCAGAGACUUUGCGGGGUAUUAUGAAGAAGAUAACACGUGGAUCUGUGAAAAAGGGAAGUACCUCUUAUCCUUUAAUAAAGACGCUAACACCGAAAUUGUUAACCAGGAAUUCGAAAUUAAAGAGACCGCCAUUCUUGAGAAAACACAAGUACUUUGUAAGCCACAGGUCAACUUUAAAAGACUUUCGAAAACAAAUUAA